UUUAAUUCUUAAAUUAUGUUUGUAAUUAUGCCAACCAAAGUCUGUUUUCAUAAAAACAGUUGUUGCUAUGCCAACAGUCAAAUAGAACAAGCGAACAGAGCAUUCGUUUACAACCACUACUGCUUUUCAUUUACAAAGCAAAUUUUAAACUGUUAUAGGAAAUCAUAUUGCCUCUUAUAUCAGGAGUAAUUUAAAGUAACUGUGAUAACACACGAACGUUUCAAAAAUGGAAGAGAGUGCAACUCCAGAUGAGUCCACAGAAGAGAAGUCUCAGACGGAACGAGAGGAUGGGGAGAGCGAGGAGGACGAGUUCAGUGUCCUGGAGCGAGAGUACAAGGCGGUGCUGCUGGACCUGGAGAAGAGCGAGGCCCCGGCGACAGUCAGGCAGGAGUACGAGCGCAUGUUCGCGGCGGUGCGUCGCGCUCACGAGCGGGAGCUGGCCCUCCAGGAGCAGAACGGCUCGCUACGGGCUCGCAUCGACGCCGAUGCCGCGAAGGUGGCAACGGCCAUCAGGCUCUCCGAGCACGAUAAGAGCACCAUCGAUCAGCUCAAACAGGAGCUGCGCGAGAUGAUGGCGCGGGUGGACGCGGCCCACGAGCGCGAGCAGGCGGCGCAGGACGCCAUCGAGAACCUGAGGCACCAGCUGGCGCAGCGGGACCUGCGACGGGCCUCCGACGAGGGGCUGGGCGCGGACCAGGCGCGGAAGGAGUGCGAGGCGCUGCGCGGCGAGGUGGGGCGGCUGGAGGCACAGCUGCAGGCGGUCUCGGCCGCCAGGGACCAGCUGCUGGAGCGCCAGCGAGCCGUGGACCACCACCUGGCGGACCUGGCCCAGGAGCUGGAGACACAGUCCAACGAGCUGGCCAAGGAGACGCGCCUCAAGGACAAGAUGGAGGCAGAGCUGCAGGAGCUGUCGGAGAUGCUGGCCGGCAAGACGGCCGCGCUGUCGGCGCUGCAGUUCGACCUGCAGGAGUCCCAGCACGGCGUCGCCCGCCUCGAGGCCGCGCUCAAGGAGCAGAGGGCGGCCAGUGAAGCGCUGGGGCGGGACAGCGAGGCGCUCCAAGGACAGCUGCAGAGGCUGCAGGCAGAUCUCCAGGCACAGACGGCCGCGCUCGCCACUGCGACUCGCGAGAGUGCGGACAGGGCAGCAGAGCUGAAGGCGAAGGAAGCGAGGAUGGUGCAGUUGGAGGGCGUGGUGCGGCGGGCCAAGCAGUCAUACGAGCGGCAGCGCAAGCGUGUCCGGGAGCUGGAGAGCAAGCGGCUGGCAGCGCUGCAGCGACUGACUAAGCAGAAGGAGGCUGCGGACGCCCAGCAGCGAGAGCUGCAGAUGGCACAGAGGGAGCUGCUGGACCGGCAGGCGGAGGCUGCACACAUGGCGCGCACCAUCCAGCUGCUCACCAACAACUUGACCCGUGCACAGAGUGGCGCGCAGCAGCACACGGAGAUGAUGCAGCUGCAGGAGCUGGCGAAGCGCACGCUCGAGACGGAGCUGGAUCGCUGCACGGCCGAGGGCGCGAAGCUGCGCAAGCAGCUGGCUGCCACGGAGACCGAGCGUGACAAGUACGUGACUCAGUCUCUGGAGCUGAAGAAGGAGGUGGACAAGGCGGCGGGUGAGCUGAAGCUGAAGCAGUCCCUCGCGUUCGACGGCCUCAAGAAGAUAGCCGAGACGGAGACGAAGCUCCGACAGCAGCAGACGCUGUACGACGCGGCGCGUGCGGACAGGAACUCGCUCAGCCAGAGCCUGUUGGAGUCCCAGGCGGAGACAACGGAGCUGAAGCGCAAGCUGAAGAUAAUGAGUCACCAGGUGGAGCAGAUGAAGGAGGACAUCUCGCACAAAGAGGGGCAGCUCAUCAAGGGAGAACUGGCACUGCAGCGGGCGGAGAAGGAGCGGGAGGGGCUGCGCGGAGAGCUCAACAGGCUGCAGCAGGACGUGAGGGCGUGCCAGCAGCAGAUACAGGAGAUGCAGCUCGAGGAGCGCAAGCUGCAGCGAGCUGUGCAGCAAGGCGACGAGGAGCGGCAGCGGCAGCACAAGGAGAUACGUCAGAUAAUGAACGAGCGGGACAUCCUGGGCACGCAGCUAGUGCGUCGCAACGACGAGCUGGCUCUGGUGUACAAGAAGGAUCGCAUCCUGGAGACGACGCUGAGCCGCGGCCAGGCGCAGUACGACCAGCGGCUGGACGACAUCCGCCUGCUGCGUCUCGAGAUCAGGCGCCUCAGGCGAGAGAAGGGGCUGCUGGUGGACAGCGUGACCAACUCGACAGACCUGCGGCAGGAGGUGUUCCACUUGCAGCGCGACCUGGCGCGCGAGCAAACCAAGUGCCGUGCCCUCGAGGAGGAGCUGCAGACGCCCCUGAACGUGCACCGCUGGCGCAAGCUGGAGGGCUCGGACCCGGACCGCUACGAGCUGCUGCAGAAGGUGCGGCUGCUGCAGCGCAGAUUGCUCGCGCAGUCGGAUGCUGCGGUGGAACGCGAGGCACGGCUGCGUGAGCUGGAGCGCAUGCAGGCGGAGCGUCCCGCCGCGGAGCCCCAGGAGGGACCGAGCACCGCCGAGCUGCUGCACCGCGCUCAGGCCCAGAUGCGAGACAAGCAGCGCAAGAUAAAGGGUCUGCUGGCGGAGCUGAGCAUGUGCGAGGCCCAGGCGAGCGAGUACAAGGCAGACCUGGACCGCACCACCCAGGAGCUCGGCGAUCUCAAGAAGAAGUACUGCGUCUUGAAGCGCAAGGAGCAGAACAACAGAGACAGACGUCGCAGCCAAGACGACGCAAGCCCAACUGCCACAGAAGCAGCGGGCGACGGAGAGCGGCAGUUCGUCGGAGGUGGCUUCAACCUGUCAGCCACACCAGCCAAACCACCCUAGACUUCCUCUCCAGUUUGUAUCUUUAUAUUUUGAAAAGUAAAUAAACAAGUUGAACUAA